AUGGCAGGCGACGACGAGUUCCGCGAGGACCUGUACGAGAUCCUGGGGCUGGAACCCGCGGCGGAUGAGCGCCAGGUCGCCCGCGCCUACAAGAAGAAGUCCAUCCUGCAUCACCCCGACCGCGGCGGAGACGUGCAAAAGUUUCUGGAGCUGACUCAUGCGCGUGACAUCCUGCUGGACCCCAAAAAGAAGGAGGCCUAUGACAAGAAACUGUCGCGCGAGCUGCUGGCCAAGAAGAAGCAGCGCGAGCGGGAGGCGGAGCUCGAUGGCAAGCGCAGACAGAUGCGAGACGAGUUGCUGAGGAAGGAGCAGCACGUUGAGCGCAAUAGGAAGCCCAGCGCCAAGCAGCAGAAGGCGGAGCUGUCCAGGCUUCGAGAGAAGGCGUUGGCAAGGCAACAAGAGCUGCAGGAGCGUCUUGCCAAGGAGGCGAAGCGACGAUCUGAGGCCAAGAAAUACCAGGAGGCAAAUGGCGCUCCGAAGUCACAGCGUGCCGUCACGUUCAAGUGGGAUAAAAAGCAGUACUCGCACUCGGACGAUACGCUGAGUCGAGAGCUGCGUUCUUACGGCGAGAUUGAGGCUAUCAAGAUGAAGACGUCGUCUGCAAAGGUGGUGUUUGCUGAGGCUUCAGCGGCCGCAAAUGCCGUUCGAGUUGAAGGACACAAGGACUGCUGGCGAGAGGUCUCGAUCCAAGGUCAUAUCGUCGAGACAGACGGGUUUACGUCGGCGGAAGACAAGACGGCGAGCACCGCGUUGAAAUCCAAGCGCAGCGUGCCGACGCUCCCCGGAGGACCCAUCUCACUGGAAGAGCACUUGGCGUUCGAGAAGACCGUCCUCGCCGCGUUGCGUGAGAAGGCGAAGCUGCAGCAAGCGCAACAGCAACAACCCCCUGUGCAAUCACACUAA